AUGGACGAGGUUAAAAAAGCGAAAGCGAAGCCCGACGUGCACCAAAACCCUGCUGAUACCGCCACUUACCGGACGGAGCGCAGCGAGGGGAGCCCUCCGCAGGAGCCCCCGGAGGGCCGCCGGAAGCAAAAGGGGGGUCCCAAGGGGUUUCCCCCUGGAAAUUACCGGUUAAGCAGUAAAAAUCAGUAA